UCCUCUUACACACUUCAAUAAUCCAAUAUAUCUCUUGCUUCUACACUACUUUACUUGUAUAUCUUCUCUUAGGAGAAUCCAAUAUUAUUCUUUUGAUCAAUAAUGGCAAUAACCAAUGAUGUCGGAGAAGAAGAAAUAGAGAUGAUGAUGAAAUACUUGAUUGUUCGUCCGGAGAAAGGCGGCAUAUUCAAUAUGUCUAGAUACUUGCUCAGAUACGAUGCUGCUAAUCAUGAUUUCAUUGAGACUAGUAACAAUCAUUAUUCUAAUGAUGGAUAUGGUGAUGAGUUGGUAACAGUGAGUCGAGGAAUAUCAUCAGUAUCUGAUGGUGGCGGCGGACAAGAUGAUCAUAGACUAGUGAUAAUAGUAUCAAUCAUAGUGAGGAAAAUCAUAGGGGUUUUAGGUAAACCAAUGGAAUGGAUGGGUUAUCUGGUGGAGUUCUUACUCAAUCUUCUGUCUCUCAAUGGCGGAUCUAUCUUCUCUUUGCUCACCGCACUUCUCAACGGGAAAGUAGUGAGGCCACAGAGGAAUUCCGAAACAUUUAUAAGUGCCAUUGGGCAUUUGGAUGGAAGAAUUGAUUUAUACAACAAGCAGAUGCCUUCAUCUACUCAUGAUGAUCCGUUAUUAUCUAGUACUGAUGCUAAUGGUAAUGGAGAGAUGAUUGUGAAUGAUAAAAAAACCAGCAACAUCUUUGACUUGGGAGAUGACCGAUGCCUUAUGGAUCUUUGCAUGAUGGCUUCCAAGUUAGCUUAUGAAAAUGCCAAAGUCGUUCGGAAUAUUGUUGUUCAUCAUUGGAAGAUGCAUUUUGUGGAAUUCUUCAACGGUUGGAACGAUUUCCAGAAAGAGAAAUCUACCCAAGUUUUCAUCCUUUGUGAUAAGCCCGUAGAUGCCAACUUAAUAUUGAUAAGCUUCAGAGGUACCGAACCAUUUGAUGCGGAUGACUGGAGCACUGAUUUCGACUAUUCCUGGUAUGAUAUCCCAAAAUUGGGUAAAGUCCACAUGGGUUUCUUGGAGGCCUUGGGUUUGGGCAACAGAGAUCAAGUUACCACCUUCCAUAAUCACCUUCAAGCCGUAGGAGGAAGAGAUGGGUACAAUUCAAAGACCAGUUUUCCUGAUGAGGAUGCGAAAUCAGAUGCCACGAGAAAGAAGAGAUUGCUCCCGGAAAUGGCUGAGUUGACUGCAUAUUACGCAGUAAGGACUAGGCUCAAGGAACUGCUAAAUGAACACAAGAAUGCAAAAUUCUUAGUGACUGGUCAUAGCUUAGGUGGUGCGCUUGCUAUACUGUUCCCAUCGGUGUUAGUGUUGCAUGAAGAGAUGGAGAUGAUGAAUAGGCUAUUGUGUGUCUACACAUUCGGACAACCAAGGAUUGGUGAUAGACAGUUGGGAAGAUACAUGGAACCUCAUCUCAACUAUCCAACUCCGCGAUACUUCAGGGUGGUCUACUGCAAUGAUCUUGUGCCGAGGUUGCCUUACGAUAACAACACCUUCUUGUUCAAGCAUUUUGGACCGUGCUUGUACUAUAAUAGCUUGUACAUUGAAACGGAAUUGGAAGAAGAACCUAAUCCGAACUUCUACGGGAUCAAAUUUCUGAUUCCAGAGUAUCUGAAUGCAGCUUGGGAGUUCGCGAGGAGCUUAACAAUGGGAUACACUCAUGGACCUGAGUACAAGGAAGGUUGGUUUUGCAUCUUGCUAAGGCUUAUGGGAUUAGCACUUCCUGGCAUUUCAGCUCACUGCCCCGCAGACUACGUUAACUCUGUCAGGCUCGGGAGAAUGUCAUCAUCAUCAUCAUCAUCCUAUUCUUCCUCCAUCUAGAUAUCCCUCCAGAGGAUCAAAAUUUGUGCGUCUGUUAUAACCCGAAAUGAUCAAAAUAAAUAGUGGACUUAUUUCCAGUUGAAAAAAUAGUAUCUUUAUGUGUAUCACUUGGCUUGUGCACUACUUGAGUAUCUUUGAUAAAUAAUCUAGGACACUGAGCUUUCCAAUG